AUGGUGACUCCGACCACUUUCCCCAAGGUCAUAUCAAGAUCUCAGUCCUCGAAGGGCAGAACCAGGAAAGCUGCUCAACUGGACAAGAACACCAUCGUUCGCUUCGACGACCUUUCGGAAGAAGGCAAAAAGGCCGCUUUGGAGAAGUCUCAUCGAUACAACACCGAGCAAUCCGUACCCUCCCCGUCUCAGAAGUCAAACCCAACCCAGUCCGAGACACCUCGUCAUUCUCGAUUGCAGAGCUUGGGGGAUCGCAGACCCUACAUCAUGGCAUUUUUUGGACUCGGCUUCAUUGUUUUGGCUGUCCUUGCCUCCUUGGCACUGGCCGUGGACAAGGACAAAGACCCGAGUCUUGUCGCCAAGCUCCGGCUUGCCAAUACGAAUCUGGAUCGAUUGAAACUCCUUCCCAAGGACGAGGACUGGGUUUUCGAUUUUACCAAGCAGGAUAAAUACACCUUUUCGCCCGGUGGAGUGAUCAAUGCCAACGCGGCGACCUUCCCUGCAACUGUCGGCCUCGGUUUGACGCUGGCAGUGCUUAAUCUCGGUCCUUGCGCGAUGCUUCCGCCUCACCUUCAUCCACGCGGAGCCAAUUUUGUGGUAGCGAUCUCAGGCACCACUCAAACCUACAUGAUCAAUGAAAAUGGCGCUCGAACGGUUCAAGCCACUCUCCGGUCUGGUCAGAUGACCAUCUUUCCAGAAGGGUCCAUCCAUACAAUGAUGAACGUUGGGUGUGACAACGCCCAGCUCAUCUCGGCCUUGAAUAGCGACGACACCGGCACUCUGAAUGUGGCUAACUCCUUCUUUAGUCUUCCUCAGAAUAUCUCCGGUACCAUCAUGGGCGGAGGAGUCAACGUCAGUGAUAUCGAAGGAAAGGUGCCGGAUCCAGGGACUGGGGCUAACUCCGGCCCGCAUGAAUGUCUGGCCGUAUGUGCUGCAAGGGCAAACGGCACCCGAGGCCUUGGCUAA